UACUAUAAAUAUAUAGGAGUAGCUUACAAUAUGUAAUAGCAGACAUCCCCCUUCACUAACCAUGAAUCCCUUAUCGAAUUAUUGGUUGGCCACCGACGGCAACGGCCCCAUCUCCAUUUCGGUUAUGGCAUCAAUAGCAAUAGCCGUUAUAACGAUUGCGACGUUCCUUAUCAUAAAAAGGUCAACCAAUCGGGAUCUGCCACCUGGCCCCGGCGGCCUGCCCCUGAUCGGCAACCUCCUCUCCCUCGACCCGGACCUCCACUCCUACUUCGCCGCCCUCGCCCGCUCCCACGGCCCCAUCUACAAGCUCCACCUCGGGCAGAAGCUCGGCGUCGUCGUCACCUCGCCGGACCUCGCCAAACAGGUCCUUAAAAUCCAGGACACCACCUUCGCCAACCGCGACGUCCCGGUCGCCGGAAAGGAGGCCUCCUACGGCGGCUCCGACAUCGUCUGGACCCCCUACGGCCCCGAGUGGCGGAUGCUGCGCAAGGUCUGCGUCCGCGAGAUGCUCAGCGGCGCAACGCUCGACUCCGUCUACGCGCUGCGCCGCCGCGAGCUCCGCCACACGAUCGCCCACCUCCACCGGAAGGCUGAGGCUGCGGCGGCGGUGGAUGUUGGGGAGCAGAUGUUUCUGACGGUGAUGAAUGUGAUUACUAGUAUGCUGUGGGGCGGCACGGUCGAGGGGGAGGAGCGGGAGGGGCUUGGGGCGGAGUUCAAGCAGGUUGUCGGGCAGAUGACGGAGCUCCUCGGAGCUCCGAAUUUCUCGGAUUUUUUUCCGGUGCUGGAGAGGCUGGAUUUGCAGGGGAUUCAGAAGAGGAUGAGAGGUUUGGCGAAGAGAUUUGAUGGGAUUUUUGAGACUAUGAUUGAUCGGAGGUUGAAGAUGGGUGGCGGCGGUGGAAGUAAGGAUUUUUUGCAGAUUUUGCUGCAGAUGAAGGAUGCUAGUGGAGAUGGGGAUUCCACUCCCUUUACCAUUCGUCAUGUUAAAGCUCUCCUCAUGGAUAUGGUAGUGGGAGGGACGGACACAACAUCGAACUCGGUGGAGUUUGCAUUGGCUGAGAUGAUGAACAAGCCACAUAUCCUGAAGAAAGUGCAGCAAGAGAUUGAUAGUGUAAUUGGAAAGGACAAGAUUGUUGAAGAAUCCGACAUCAACAAACUGCCCUACUUAUAUCUAGUGAUGAAGGAGACUCUGCGCCUGCACCCGGUUCUGCCUCUGCUCGUCCCUCACUGCCCCAGCGCGACAAGUGUGGUGGCCGGCUACACCAUCCCUAAGGGCGCCCGCAUAUUUGUGAACGUGUGGGCGAUCCACAGGGAUCCUUCUGUAUGGGAAGACCCUCUUGAGUUUCGCCCCGAGAGGUUUUCUGAUGGGAAAUGGGACUACAGUGGCAAUGACUUCAAGUACUUCCCCUUUGGAUCGGGGCGAAGAAUAUGCGCUGGCGUAGCCAUGGCUGAGAGGAUGUUCAUGUAUUCACUUGCUUCGUUGCUUCAUUCUUUCGAUUGGAGUGUGCCUGAUGGCCACAAGUUGGACUUGGAAGAGAAGUUUGGGAUUGUUUUGAAGAAGAAACACCCUCUUAUUGCUAUCCCCACUCCAAGAUUGUCUGAUCCUAGCUUGUAUGAUUGAUGAUAGAUUAUAAGGGGAUUUGGGGCCAUGUUUCUGUCUUGUUGUUUUGCAUAGCAAAAUUUGUUGUCAUUUGCAAAAGCAUGUAAUGCCACAUUCCCUUCUUGAAAAUUAAUGAUGCAUCAAUCAAGAUUACUUGUUUAUGCCA